CGAUCUCCCCAGGGUAGUGCCAUGUUCCCCGCCCCCAGUCCCUGUGGUGUGAUCUCCCCGGGAACUGUCCCAUGUCCUACCCACCCCAUGCCUGUGACGGGAUCUCCCUGGGAUGGUUCCACAUUCUCCCAGUCCCCGUGGUGUAAUCUCCCCAGGGUUGGUGCCAUGUCCCAUGUCCAACUGCACAUAUCUCCAUGGUGCCAUCUCCCGGGGACAGUGCCACAUCUCCACCUCCCUGUCCCACAGUGCGAUCUUCCCAGGGACGGGGCCAAGGCCUCCUGUCCUGGAUCCACAGGUCUGGUUCUAUGGCCCAAGCUUUGGAACAACCUCUGUGAGGAAACCCCUGCAGCGUGCCAGACCCAACUCUUCUUCCAGGAUAAGCCACUUGGUUUCACCACCUCCUAGGCUGGACCUCUGGUCCAUCAGCACCCUUGCUUCACACUUGUCGGUGAUUGGGCUCAUGUACGCGUUGCUGCAGCUGGGUGAGUGCUGGGCUGAGCGCAACAGCUGUGGUGCUGGGGCUGAACUCAGAGCAGGGCAGCCCUGUGACUGCUCCCAACACCUGAGAUCGGCCAGUGACCUCAUGCACGGCAAGGACAAGAAGAUCUCCCAGCUGCUGAGUGAGGUGAAGCGGCUGCAGGCACGAGGAAGGGGCCCAGAGCUGGAGGGACAGGCACUGCCAAUCAUCUACGCCAUUACACCCACCUAUGCCAGGCUGGUGCAGAAGGCUGAGCUGGUGCGCAUCUCACAGACCUUUCUGCACGUGAAGAACUUCCACUGGAUCGUGGUAGAGGACUCCCCAGUGAAGACACAGCUGGUGUCAGAGCUGCUGGCCCAGAGCGGCCUGCGCUUCACCCACCUGCACACGGAGACACCCAAGGAGCACAAGCGCAAGGAGAGUGACCCCAACUGGCUGAAGCCCCGUGGUGUGGAGCAGCGUAACCUGGCCCUGCAGUGGCUGCGGGAGAACCGGGAGCUCAGUGAGGAGGGCGUGGUCUACUUUGCCGAUGACGACAACACCUACAGCCUGCGCCUCUUCGAUGAGAUCCGCUCCACCAAGCGUGUCUCAGUUUGGCCUGUGGGGCUGGUGGGUGGCCUGCGCUUCGAGCGCCCCCUGGUGGAGAAGGGCAGGGUGGUGGGCUUCUACACAGCCUGGAAGCCCAACCGGCCCUUCCCCAUGGACAUGGCCGGCUUCGCUAUUGCUCUGCAGCUGCUGCUGGCCAAUCGCGAGGCCCGGUUUGACUUGCUGGCUGAGCGUGGCUACCUGGAGAGCAGCCUGCUGCAGUCACUGGUCUCCAUCGAAGAGCUGGAGCCCCGAGCUGACAACUGCACUAAGGUGAGGAGCGGGGCUGGGAGCCAGGACUCCUGGGUUUUAUCCGUGGUGUUGGGAGUGCAGUGGGUCGAGUGGUUAGGGCAGGGGGUCAAGACUCCUGGGUUCUAUCCAUGGUGUUGGGAGCGCAGUAGGUCGAGUGGGUUAGGGCAGGAGGUCAGGACUCCUGGGUUCUAUUCCGGGCUGGGAGUGGGGAAUGUGAAAUUUUGCCUCUAAGCAGGAUGGUCCCAGGUGUCUUCAGUCCCCCAGCUGUGGUGACUGGCUGGGGGUGCUGGUUGGGGGAGGGGCACAGUCUGGGGGGAUCUCUCUGGACCCCACCUCUGUCCUGCACUCCUCCAUUGCAGGUUCUGGUCUGGCACACGCGGUCGGAGAAGCCCAAAAUGAAGCAGGAGGAGCUGCUGCAGAAGCAGGGCCUGGGCUCUGACCCAAGCAUCGAGGUGUGAGUGGCACCUGGAGCCACGGUACAGGGAGGCCCGUUUGGGGAGCUGGCCCAGAACCCAGGACAGGAUCAGGGCGGCUGCCAGAGCAAUGGACUUGGGGACUGAACGCCCCAGACUGCUUUAUUUAUUGUGACGUUCAGGGGCCCUGCCCUCAGCCCCCACCCCACUGGCGGAGCAGCCUCUAUCCCAGCAUCUCCAGUGCUGCUGCUCCCUGCUGAGGGAGCCCCCCCCAGCCCAACAUCCUGAGCUGCUACUGCCUGGAAGUCAGACCCUGCCCCCAGAGAGGCAGCUGCUCCAGGAUUUAUUCCCUUUGAAACCCCCCCCAGGACCUCUUCCCCCUGCCCAGCAUCUCAGUGUAAAGAUCUAGGGGACCCUAGCCCCGCUGCAUGGCGCCUGAGGAUGGCGGCUCUGGUCCUGCCCUGCUGGGCAGGGCUCCUAAAGGCAGUGGAGCUGUGAGUGAGUGUGACAUUAUGUUCCUCCCCAAACCCACCCCACUCAGCAAUGGGCUGGGAUCCCUCCCCAGCUUCAGGGAGCCCUGUGUGUCCAUUUUGUGUGUGUGGCUGUUGCAUGAACGUGGUGGCUGUUACAGCAAUAAGCAUGUUAUAUCCUCAAUAAAGUGCCCAUCCCCCACUA